AUGGGCUUGAAGGGCGAAGAUAUUGCGAAGCACAGCACUGCUGACUCUUGCUGGGUCAUUGUUCACGGCAAAGCCUAUGAUGUGACGGAAUUCCUGCCGGAGCACCCUGGUGGCGCCAAGAUCAUCCUCAAGUACGGUGGAAAGGAUGCAACGGAGGAGUUCGACCCCAUUCACCCCCCAGACACGCUGGACAAGUACCUCGACCCCUCUAAGCACUUGGGUCCCGUCGACAUGGCCUCCGUGAUAGUGGAGGAGAAGGAGGAAGACCCCGAGGAGGCAGAGCGUCUGGAGAGAGUCCAGCAAAAACCGCUGCUGUCUCAAUGCUACAACCUGAUGGACUUUGAGGCUGUUGCGCGCAGAGUCAUGAAGAAGACGGCAUGGGGAUACUACUCCAGCGCUGCUGACGACGAGAUUACACUGCGGGAAAACCACGGAGCCUUCCACCGCAUCUGGUUCCGCCCUCAAAUCCUCGUCGACGUCGAGAAGGUCGAUUUCAGCACCACCAUGCUCGGCGCAAAGGUCGAUAUGCCGUACUACGUCACGGCAACCGCCCUCGGCAAGCUUGGUCACCCCGAGGGUGAGGUCCUCCUCACCCGCGCCUCCGCGAAGCACAACGUCAUCCAGAUGAUUCCCACUCUGGCGUCUUGCGCCUUCGACGAGAUGAUCGACGCCGCCGAGGCCGACCAGGUGCAGUGGCUGCAGCUGUACGUCAACAAGGACCGCGAAAUCACCAAGAAGAUCGUCCAGCACGCCGAGAAGCGCGGAUGCAAGGGUCUCUUCAUCACCGUCGACGCGCCCCAGCUCGGCCGUCGUGAGAAGGACAUGCGCUCCAAGUUCACCGACCCCGGCGCCAACGUGCAGUCCGGCCAGGCGACCGACCAGAGCCAGGGCGCCGCCCGCGCCAUUUCGACCUUUAUUGACCCCGCGCUGUCGUGGAAGGACAUUCCCUGGUUCAAGUCGAUCACCAACAUGCCCAUCAUCCUCAAGGGUGUGCAGCGUGUUGAGGACGUCAUCAAGGCCAUCGAGGCGGGCGUCCAGGGUGUCGUCCUCUCGAACCACGGUGGCCGUCAGCUCGACUUUGCGCGCUCUGCUGUCGAGGUGCUGGCUGAGACUAUGCCGGUGCUGAGACGCAUGGGACUGGAGAACGCCAUUGAGAUUUACAUUGACGGCGGUGUCCGCCGUGCUACGGAUAUCAUCAAGGCGCUCUGCCUGGGCGCCAAGGGUGUCGGUAUCGGCAGGCCUUUCCUGUACGCCAUGGCCGGCUACGGAUUCGAAGGUGUCGAUCGCGCCAUGCAGCUGCUCCGCGACGAGAUGGAGAUGAACAUGCGCCUCAUCGGUUGCACGAGCAUCGACCAGCUCAACCCCUCGCUCCUCGACACCCGCAGCCUGUUCAACCACGGAUCCACGCCGGCGGACAACCUUGGCCUCGCCAUCUAUGACCCGCUCGCGACGCCGACGCAGAGGCCCAAGCCGCCCAAGUCUUCCAAGUUGUAA